GUGUAUGGAAGGAUCGUUGGCUAGGCAGAAAUUCUUUAGCCAGAAAGAUAUGUCCGAGCAUUGUCGGCGAAAGGUUAUUCCUUCUGUUUUUCUUGGCAAAGGUGUAAUGGAGGCUAACUCAAAAGUUCUCCAUUUCACAAGGUUGGAUACACCAUAUAGCUGUGGCAUCAGCGUAAGGGCAGAAUUUGGAAGCAAUAUAAUUAUAGUGAUACAAUUGUCAUCAGAAGAGAGCCUGUUUCAGUCAUGUACCAAAGAUAGUGACCAGCUGCUGGUAUACGAACUUGGUGAGACUUUUGGUGGCUAUUGGGCCGUUCUCCCCGACUCUAUAACCGACGAUACGUCUGGAUCCUCCACAGCAAACACUAAAUAUUACACAGCAAAGACAACCGCCGCAACGUCCAACGAAAUGAAAGAAGAAAGUGAUCCAGAAUAUGAUGAAACAACACAGACAGUCAGCAAAGAUUCCUCCCCUCAAGACGUGACUGAAAAUUAUGAUGUUAUACAAUUUGAAGUGCCUAUCGUAAAUGUGUCUGGUGAAUUGGGAUUCGGUGAAGACGCUGAUAUGGACGAUCUAUUUAACAUCAUGUACGAGGUCACCCCGAGAAAAGACGUCACAUACGAUACAACGGUGCUACCCCUGCUUCAGUUCUCAAUCAAGAACCCCUAUGAUGCUCUUCCACCCUCUAACCGUUUAGAAGAACUGAGGUUAAAAAAGAACACCCAUGACGCAAGGUUAACUUACAGCACUGCAAAUACAAGAAAACUUCCGAGAAAAUAUUAUGGAUCUACAAAGCGAUUGAAAUUUAGAAAAAAAUAUAAACCUGUAUCUACUGAAAAACAAACUUAUCCCGAAAUUUAUAAACAUAUGUUGUCGUCUGAGAAACAACCACCGCUUACUACAGCCCCCAAGGUCCUCCCAACGAUGGAUAACAAGUUUCUAUCUAUGAUUUAUAACAAUACAGCUAACAGGAACAACGAUUCAUGGAAUUUUAUUUACGAUGUGAUACAGAAAGUAAGCAUAAGUACCACAGAAACGUCUACUGGCAUCCCUGCGCAGGACUUGGGGACAUUGGAUCUGUUUCUCAAAGGCACAAUUAGCGCUUAUAGAGCUCCAACAAGAAUGCUAGGUUACGAAACAAGUGGUGAUGGUACAAGAAAGGACUAUAGUACAGCUUCUUCCGCAUCUGAAAGCGGUUCUUCUGAAAGGUCCAGCACAAGUGCAAUAAAUGAAAUGAGGAGGAACAUUGAAAUGUCGAGAGUGAACAACAAUGAUACAACCGCCCGCGCCAGUCUAAUGAACACGACCAUGUCGUCUGACUCCGACGACGCGGCCGGUGAUGCACUAAAUACUACUGGGGAAGAUUAUGAAGAUAUAAAAGUUUAUUUUACGGAAUCAGAAAGCUCGACAGAAACUGCGUCACUCGUGAACCACAAAUCAUUUGAAAAUGUUGUAAAAGCAGCGCCCGUGAUGGCGGGUCUGUUAAACACAACGCCUGUCAAAAAUGAGAAAGCCUUGGAUGAACAUGAAAGUGUUCAACAAACAGUUCGAAAGAAACGGUACUUACAAGCUUUGCAAAUAGAGGAGGCACGUCCCCGGAAUGUGACGUCAGCAAGCUUGACUAAGACUACGCGGGGGAAGGUGUACAUGUUCUCUGAUAUGCAAGACUUGGCGCAGUUUGUUGAGCUGCAAGACGAUGAGAUAGAGGGCCGGGUAGGGUUACGAUAUUUGCGGAAGUAUGUCGGCUCACCCGUCUUUAACAUUUGCGAUUUUCACGAGCCUAAAAGUCGACAAGUUCAUCUGUUUAAUUUAUCGAGAAUCGUUAUUGCCAUAAGUAACUUUACGCUGGACCGCAUGACGAUCGUAGCAACACCAGCGAGAACCCUGCUCCACGCAGCAGUGCAGUGCCCGAGGGAUACCCUGGAGUGCCAGGUGGCGGGCACUCGGGUCUGCAUCGACUCUACCAACGCCUGUGAUGGAGUCCCCAACUGUGGAACCCAUGAUAUAUACGACGAAGACAGACUGAAGUGCGGCUUGAACCAGAACCUCCAACACAACGUGUACCUCGCGGCUUGCACCUUCCUCGCCGUGCUUCUGACAGCCCUCUACACAGUCCACUACUGGCUCAAGAGAUGGGUGCCCAAGGUCUCGGAGGCUUUCUUCGUUUACUCGGAAACGUCUGAAAAUAUAUUGUACUUGGACUCUAUUAUGCGGUCUCCCAAUGAAAAUGAAGAUGACUGUUCAAAAUUAUUCUAUCAAGCUGGUCUGUUUGAUGAAGACGAAUUUUUAAAUGAAGAUAAUCGAACUUUUUUUAUGAGGAUGAAAAGGCUAAUUUCCAAGUAUCUUUUCUGUAAAAAGGACGAUGAAAGUAUAAAAAAGAAAAAUAGUGGCGAAUUACAAAGCGUUAAACCUUUGGCCAAGAAAAUGUUUUCGUUCACAGAACUGGAGUUAAGAAAUUUUAGUCCUGCUAUAAAAGAUACAGCAGUGCAAACUGGACUAAGUUUGGAGAUACCCAAUCCCUUGCGAAUCCAGUCUAGGAAAGAGCGGUCAUUCGAAGCUGAUGUUGAUUUAGCUUCAAUUAAAAGUUUUGAGAGAGACAGCAACACUGAGAUAAAUGUUUUAAAAUUAUUCAAAGGUUUAAGGCAUGAAGGGUCGCUCUGUUCCGUUUCGAACUCUCUAAAGAACACUGAAAUAGCUUCCAGUCAGUUAGACAUUAAAUUAACACACAAACACGAGACAGAGUUACUCAGUACCGAAUACGAUCAAAAUGUUCCUUCAACAAGCAGAGAUACGAGUAAAGCUAUACCAGUUGCCCCAGUUGUGCAGUGUGAAAUAGACAAAGACAUUAUACAGGCAAGGAAGCAAUUAAGAUUUGACGAAGAGAUCACUACAAUACAAUCCGAGUUGUACGACGAUGAUGAUAGUACGAAUGUUGGAAGCGUGAUGCGGAUUCCAAUCAGCCGACAGGAGACCAUGGCUCCUAUUGCAGUAGAAGAAAUUUCUAGUAAUUCUGGUAGAGAUUUUAUGCGGUUUUGGCGUGUCGGAAAAAAUAAAAAAUUACCAAAAAAGACUUAGCGAAGAUAACGGAGCUAA